CGUGUUAUAUUAUAUCAAUAUCUCUGUCCCAAAUGCAAACAGAAGGAUUCUCAGAAGCAUCCAAUCUCUUCUAUCAUGGAGCCAUACCAAGAAUCUGACAAUAAUUCACCACCCGCAACGGCCACCGAAGCGAAACAUGGAAAAUACCUCGACAUCCUCACUGUCCCCGAUAUAAACCUCCGAGAAGCCAGCAGCGCCGACACCUUGACCAAUCCUCUAUCUAUUGCGUCACCUCCCAAGAGCAGUCUACAAUGGAGGAUGACACCACAGGUGAUUCGGAAUGCCGAGCGUGAUGAAGCAGCUGGCUUUAAAAGGCGCGAGCUGGGAGUCACUUGGCAGAAUCUGUCAGUGGAAGUUUUGGCCGCCGAAGCAGCCGUCAAAGAGAACAUGAUCUCCCAGUUCAACGUUCCUCAACUCAUUAAAGAUGUCCGCCGCAAACCACCACUCAAGAGUAUCUUAUCGGACAGCCAUGGAUGUGUUAAACCUGGUGAAAUGCUACUCGUUCUCGGACGGCCUGGAUCCGGAUGCACUACUCUUCUCAAGAUGCUUUCCAAUCGCCGCGAAGGAUAUAGGAAGAUCACUGGAGAUGUGCGUUUUGGAAGCAUGACGCCCGACGAAGCACAAAAUUAUCACGGGCAAAUUGUGAUGAAUACGGAAGAGGAGCUGUUUUACCCUCGGUUGACGGUCGGCCAAACCAUGGAUUUUGCCACUCGACUCAAGGUCCCAUUUCACCUUCCUGCGGGAGCCAAGAGUGUUGCCGAAUACACCGCAGAGACCAAACAGUUCCUUCUGGAGUCCAUGGGGAUUUCCCAUACGGCUGAUACGAAAGUCGGCAAUGAGUUCGUUCGAGGCGUCAGUGGUGGUGAACGAAAGCGUGUAUCCAUUAUUGAGUGCCUCGCAACGAAAGGUUCAGUGUAUUGCUGGGACAACUCUACAAGGGGUCUCGAUGCCUCUACGGCCUUGGAAUGGGCGAAGGCCCUUCGUGCUAUGACCGACGUGCAGGGCCUCUCCACGAUCGUGACCCUAUAUCAAGCCGGAAAUGGAAUCUAUAAUCUUUUCGACAAGGUUCUUGUUCUCGAUGAAGGAAAACAGAUCUAUUAUGGCCCUGCGUCGGAAGCCAGACCAUUCAUGGAAAAUCUGGGAUUCGAAUACACUGACGGUGUAAACACUGGUGACUUUUUAACGGGUGUAACCGUUCCGACUGAGCGAAAAAUCAGGCCUGGUUGGGAAAACAGAUUCCCUAGAACAGCCGACGCCAUUUUGACCGAGUACCAGAACUCGGCGACAUACAAGCAUGAGAUUUCUCUGUACGGCUAUCCCGACACUGACCUUGCUUCCGAGCGUACUGAAGCAUUCAAAGAAUCCGUCGCAUGGGGGAAGUCUACACGUCUGCCCAAAGACAGUGAUUUGACCAUUAGCUUCUGGGCCCAGCUCAUGUCUUGCACGAUCAGACAGUACCAAAUUCUUUGGGGUGAGAAAAGCACGUUCCUGAUCAGACAGGUUUUGUCGUGUUGCAUGGCAUUGAUCGCUGGAUCUUGCUUCUACAACGCUCCAGUCACUUCGGAGGGCCUUUUCACCAAGGGCGGUGCCAUUUUCUUUGCAUUGUUAUACAACUGUAUCGUCGCGAUGUCUGAAGUCACUGAAUCUUUCAAGGGGCGUCCAAUUUUGACGAAGCACAAAUCUUUUGGGAUGUACCACCCGGCUGCAUUUUGCCUGGGCCAGAUCACAGCGGAUUUCCCUGUGUUGCUCUUUCAGUCUACGAUUUUCUCGGUCGUGAUCUACUGGAUGGUUGGGUUGAAGCAUACCGCGGAAUCUUUUUUCAUCUUCUGGGCUAUCCUUUUCUCGACAACUCUGUGCAUCACUGCCCUUUUCAGAUGUAUUGGAGCCGCGUUCAGUACUUUUGAAGCCGCGUCCAAGAUCAGUGGUACCGCAGUCAAAGCACUCAUUAUGUACGCAGGAUACAUGAUCCCAAAGCCGGGGAUCAAGAAUUGGUUCGUUGAGCUGUACUACCUGAAUCCGUUCGCCUAUGCAUUCCAGGUCGGAUUAUCCAACGAAUUUCAUGGUCAACACAUCGACUGUGUUGGCAGGAACCUUAUUCCCAGUGGCCCAGGCUACGAGAAUGUUGAAUCUGGCCAUAAAUCCUGCGCUGGAGUUGGCGGUGCUCUCACCGGCGCGGAUUACGUGACUGGAGAUCAAUACCUCCUAUCUCUCCACUAUAAGCACUCUCAGAUGUGGCGAAACUUCGGAGUCGUCUGGGGCUGGUGGGCCUUUUUUGCUGUCAUGACAAUCAUCUGCACAUGCCGCUGGAAGUCUGGGGCCGCCUCGGGUUCCGCUCUACUUAUACCACGCGAGAAUCUCAAGAAGCACCAAUCUGGUACCGAUGAGGAGUCCCAGCGCAACGAGACAGAGAAAGCCCAGGCGAACACAGGCGAACCAGUUCAGGUCGACAAUGGCAACCUUGUUCGCAAUACGUCUAUUUUCACCUGGAAGAACCUCACGUAUACGGUCAAAACACCCACUGGAGACAGAGUCCUCCUGGAUAAAAUCAAUGGAUGGGUCAAGCCCGGUAUGCUUGGGGCUCUCAUGGGUUCUUCUGGAGCUGGCAAAACAACCUUGCUUGAUGUGCUCGCGCAACGCAAGACCGAUGGUACCAUCAAUGGUUCCGUUCUAGUUGACGGCCGUGAGUUACCGGUGUCGUUCCAGCGAAUGGCAGGGUACUGCGAGCAACUGGAUGUUCAUGAGUCGUAUGCCACUGUGAGAGAAGCCCUGGAAUUUUCAGCACUCCUCCGCCAAUCCCGGGACACCCCGAAAGAAGAGAAACUCAAAUACGUUGAUGCAAUCAUUGAUCUUUUGGAACUCCAUGACCUAGCCGACACUCUUAUUGGCUCUGUGGGCAAUGGCCUCUCGGUUGAGCAGCGCAAACGUGUGACUAUCGGAGUGGAGCUCGUCUCAAAGCCCAGUAUUCUGAUCUUUUUGGAUGAGCCUACCUCUGGCUUGGAUGGCCAAUCGGCCUACAAUACCGUCCGAUUCCUCCGGAAACUCGCAGAUGUUGGCCAAGCAGUCCUCGUGACAAUCCAUCAGCCUUCCGCCCAGCUAUUUGCCCAGUUCGACACCCUCCUUCUCCUUGCGAAGGGUGGAAAGACGGUCUAUUUCGGCGAUAUCGGCGACAACGCCGCCACGAUCAAGCAAUAUUUCGGCAAAUACGGUGCGAUCUGUCCUCAGGAUGCUAAUCCCGCCGAGUUCAUGAUUGACGUUGUGACGGGUGGUGUCCCAGAAGUCAAGGAUAAAGAUUGGCACCAAAUCUGGCUCGAGUCUCCUGAACAGCAUCAGAUGAUCACUGAAUUGGAUAGAAUGAUCGAAGAUGCCGCCAGCAAGCCUCCAGGAACUUCCAAUGAUAACUAUGAGUUUUCGACGCCUCUCUGGGAGCAGAUCAAAAUUGUCACGAUGAGGAUGAACGUCUCGCUCUUCCGCAAUACGGCCUAUAUUAACAACAAGUUUUCGCUCCACCUCAUUUCGGCAUUAUUGAACGGCUUCUCUUUCUACAGACCUGGCUCCAGCGUGACCGCUUUGCAGCUCAAGAUGUUCACUAUCUUUAAUUUUGUCUUCGUCGCACCAGGUGUCAUCAAUCAACUUCAGCCUCUGUUCAUUCAGCGCCGCGACAUUUACGAUGCCCGUGAGAAGAAGUCGAAGAUGUAUUCCUGGAUUGCAUUCGUCACCGGGCUUAUCGUUUCGGAGAUCCCAUAUCUCUGCAUCUGUGCAGUUCUCUACUUUUUUUGCUGGUACUGGCCCGUCUGGACCUUGCCCCAUGCUUCCGACCGUUCCGGAUCUAUCUUUUUCAUGAUGUUGAUCUACGAGUUCAUUUACACCGGCAUUGGCCAGUUCAUUGCCGCCUAUGCGCCCAACCCAACUUUUGCGGCACUUGUCAACCCGCUGAUCAUCAACCUCUUGCUCCUGUUCACUGGCGUAAUGGUGCCCUACGAUCAGUUGACUUCCUUCUGGAAAUAUUGGUUGUACUACCUCAACCCGUUCACCUACGUUGUCAAUGGCAUGUUAACGUUCGGCCUCUGGGGACAAAAGGUUACCUGCAUGGAGGAAGAGUAUGCGGUCUUUGAUCCAGUGAAUGGCACCUGUGGCCAGUAUCUGGCUGGUUUCUUGAGUGGGGCGGGCAAGGGCACCAACUUGCUCAACCCAGAUGCUACCUCAGGCUGCAAGGUGUGUGAAUUCACCACUGGAAGCGAUUAUCUGAAAAUUUUGAACACCCGCCAUUACUAUGUUGGGUGGAGAGACGCAGCAAUUACUGUUAUUUUUGCCUUCUCUGGCUACGCCCUUGUAUUUGGCCUGAUGAAGCUCAGGACUAAGGCAUCCAAGAAGGCGGAAUAG